AUGUGUCGAUUUCUCUUAUAUAAAGGAAAACAACCUAUAUUACUUGCUCAUCUGAUUACCCGACCGAAACACUCUAUAGUCAAUCAGGCAUUUGAUUCUCGAUUGCGAAUAGACUUAAGAAGACCGUUAAACGGCGAUGGUUUUGGGGUAGGCUGGUAUGAUAAUUGUAGUAGUAACUGCAACAAAGACAAGCCCAAUAUAAUUGACGGCGAAGAUACAAUUACACCCUGUAUUUUCACUUCAGUAACACCAGCAUGGAAUAAUAUCAAUUUGACGCGGUUAGCAGAAAAGAUAAGAAGUCCCUUAGUGUUUGCACACGUUAGGGCAAGUACAUCAGGGGCAGUUUCCGAAACAAACUGUCAUCCAUGGUCGUACGGUCGUUUGAUGUGGAUGCAUAAUGGAGGCAUUGCUCAAUUCGAUAGAAUUAAAAGGAAGUUGCAAAGCUCCUUACCAGAACACCUAUUUCUGUUUGUACAAGGAAAUACCGAUUCAGAAUGGGCAUUCGCGUUAUUUUUAAGCUUUCUUGCAAAUCCAAAUGCAAACUUCUUUGAACACCAAGAAUUGAAAGAUGCUAUGCUCAAGACGAUUGCACAAUUGAACGUUUGGGCGGAAGAAUUUAACAUCACAGAGCCAUCACUAUUGAAUUUUGCAGUAACAGAUGGAGAAUCCGUCGUUUGUGUCAGAUAUAUUAGCAGCAAAACACAAGAAGCUGCUUCACUUUACUUUUCUUCAGGUACACGCUUUGAGUGUUAUCGACCCGGUCAUUACCGCAUGGUAAAAGCGGAUAGACGAGAGGACAUUGUUGUAGUCGCUAGUGAGCCUUUAACAUUUGAGAAGGCUGAUUGGCUUACGAUUCCUACGAACAAUAUUCUUGUAGUAACCCCGAAAAUGAAUGUGUUGAUACAACCCAUCAAAGAUAAAUUCUAUUCCAUACCGGCAGAAAGGACAGGAGGCAUCAUGAUUAUAGGCGAUGAGGAAGCUACUACUACCAGCGAUUCAAAUACGGCGGCAGCUUUUAUACCAGAGCCAAAAGCUCAAUUAUUUAAGGCUCAAGCUGAAGAGCAAAUGCAACAAGAUUCACCAGUAUUGGUGGGUUGA